GGCAUCAACAACGAGUGGAGCUUUGACGACGCCAUGGAGCGAUACGGCUGCAAGGUGUACGCGUUUGACCCCACAAUGGGGAGGCAGGCCCACCUUAGGGGGAGCAACAUCCACUUCCAACCCUGGGGCCUGGGGGGCGAAACGGGGACCUCUACAUUCAAAGGGAAAAAAAUACCGAUCUACACAUAUCGAGAUAUUCUUAAGAAGAUCAACGAGGAGAAAAGCUUAAUAGACUACCUCAAGAUCGACAUCGAGGGCUUCGAAAUUGAUUUCUUUCGCAACGUCCUGAACGACGACGCCGAACUCCUGGCCAACGUCAAGCAGAUCGGCAUGGAGAUCCACCCAGGGAGGUCGACGACGAUCAGAGACAAGAUCUGGAGCCAAAUUCGGCAGCUGCGCAGCCUGCAUUUCUCGCAGGUUUUCAGUCAGCCUAACUUGGUUGCCAAAAAUCCUUAUGAAUUUAGAAAUAAAACCGUUUCUAACUGUUAUGAAAUUCUCUGGGUUAGGAAACAGUUUAACUAGGAUGGCAACAAGAGCUGCGGUGAUGGCAGAAUCCUGAUUGCGAUUUGCUCCGAUGAAUUGAGGAGAAAUGACAAAAAUCCAUAUCAUAGGAAAAUACUGGCAUCGCCUCCAAAGUAUACGACGUUAAUUGAAAUUUAGUAAACUACGUUAGUUUUAAGGAAGAACGCAAAACUGAUUGCAAGUAAUGAAACACGUAAAUCACAAGUAUACGACGUCAAUUGCAAGUCGUGCAUUUUUCAUCAAUUGACAACAGGCAAUUUUUAUACGUGCAUUUCGUUUCACGAGUCAAGUACGGUCAGGAGCUGCGGCAAAAUGAGACCUGGGGAUUCGUGAUGAGGCGAAUGAUACCUAUAGAGAUACAAUUAUAGCGGAUCGGUUGGUUUCGAAACCGCUACCAUUCAAGAACUUAGGACGGGGAUUAUAACACGAAUUGUCGAAAAUAGUGUUCAAAGUGUAUUUUGUUAAGUAUAGAUCGAGGUUGCACCUGUAGAAUGAACAAACGGCUAUAGUACUAAUUGCAUAAUACAUAUCGAGAUGAAUAAAUGA